AUGAGCAACAUCCUCGAGACACUCGAUGCCGGGCUCACCGGGCUCUUUGGCCAGUGGAACGGCUACUCGACGGGCCUGGUGACGGUGCUCGUGGCCAUUCUCGGCUACCGCAUCUUGCACGCCACCGACCCGGACGUGCACCCGAUCCUGCUGGCCCGCCAGUCAACGCCGUCGAAUGUGCGCAACGAGGGCGAAAGCGCCGUGUACCGCUCGCCGUUGGCGCCGCACGGCAUGCCCCUGAACUCGGGCCUCAACGUCAAGUUGGCCGGCGCUUCCAAGUGGUCGCGCGGCCGAGAUGGCGACCUCCGCGACAUCUGGCGCAAAGUUGUCCAGGGCGGCGACGCAGGUGCCAAAGGGAAGCUCCUGACGGUGCACGGCUCGCAGAAUGUCGAAGAGCACAAUCUUGACGACGUUACCAGACAGAUCAACCUAAUCGGCCAGCACAUUAGCGAUCAGGGAGGUAUUCGCGUCGCCAUCUAUCUGCCAAACUCGAUUGAGCUGCUCGCUGCUCUUUUCGCCUGCGCCUUCAGCAAGAACUUGACGGCGGUGCUGAUCCCGUUUGGCGUGCCCGAGGACCAGCUUGUGUCGAUGCUGCGUCGCUCCGCCGUCGACACCGUCAUCACCGCUACCGGCGAAUUUCCGUUUGACGCUGUCGUCAAGGCAUACCAAGGCCUGCGUCAGCUCAUCUGGGUCGUGGAUCAGGGCAGCGCCCACAUGGACUGGAACGAGGUGCCCGAGGGUAUCGGCGGCAGCGUCAGCGUCGCCACCUGGCAGGACAUUGUGCGCGACGCUCCCGCAGACGCGGGCCGUGCGCUACAGGCUGCUGCGGAAGGCAAGGACUCCGAGUCUGCUGUCGGCGACCUCGUCACCUUCUGGCAGAGCGGCAAGCCCGACGCCCAGAAGCAGGAGAUGGUGCGCUUCACGCAGGCCAACCUCGUGUCCGGCAUCGCGGGUCAGCUCGCCGCCAUCCCGACCAAGGCGCGCCUCACCAACGCCGACCUAUUUCUCCCCGCCGACGCCCUGACCAACAUCAACACACUGAUCAUUACCUUCGCCGCUCUGUACUCGAACUCCUCCGUCGCGCUCAACUCGGCCGCCGGCCCCCGCGCUGCUGGCCUCGAUGUGGCCACGCAGGGCAUUGCCCCAACCGUCAUCGUCGCCAGCCCCGCGGUCCUACUGCAAACGCACUCGCGCGCCAUGGCCAAGCUCCCUUCGCCACUGGGCACGCUAGCGCACUCUCUGUCGAAGCGCAAACUGGUCAACGAAGGCGUCAUGGCCACAGCCAACGCGCUGUCAGCCUUCGCGACGGCUGCCAAGCCUGCACUGGGAACCACGCCUGGCCAGCUGCGUCUGAUUUACACGGCUGAUCGCGCGGGAAGCCAGCAGACGCCCGGUCUGUCGCCGGGAGUGCUGACGGAUCUGCGCAUCCUGACAGGCGCGAGGAUCGUGUACGCGCUCGCGGCCGCCAAGGUUGCGGGAGCGAUUGCCCAGACGGCGUUUUAUGAUUAUCGUGCCGAAGUUGGGGAUAAAAAGGGGCACUUUGGCUCGCCGACGAGCAGUGUCGAGGUGAUUCUCAGGGACUCGGGCAGCCACAAGACGACAGAUGAGCACGUCGAAGGCGAAAUUUUCGUCAAAGGACCUUGUGUUUCUGGAGGCGAGGCAGGGCUUGGUGUUGCGGCUGUCAUCCGCGACGACAAUACUUUGGCGUUCGCUUAA